UUUUAGAAUCUGCAGAAAAAUUCGGCUGCAUGCUGAAUAUACCCAAUACUACACACACAGCAGAGGAAUUCAGUCUUGUUUUUGUGUCAUAGCGAUCAUUAUAACUUUGCUAUGCCCACUUUCAUCAUGAUGUAGCUUUACAAGUUGAAUUCAAGUUACUACGGAAGAAGGAGCCCAGCACACGACAUGACACGGGAGAUGUCUGCUACAGCUAAGCUGACAAGUUAAAGAGGCUCAGACACAGCAGUUGGACUUGAUCUUAAUUUGCCAACAUGGAUUUCCUGCGGAGGCGUUUAUCACAAGGAGGCAGUAGCGAUGAAGAACAGCGAUCUUCGUCGUCAAGUAUCUCUGAGGGAACUUCUAGAUUUUUCAGCUCUGUUGUUGCAAAAAAGAAUGGAUUAUUGAACAACAUUUCCUCAAAGAUCGAAAAUGUUGGUGCACGUCUAACGAAGUCUUCAAGUAGUAGUUAUGAUUCAAGCAGUGGUGAAAACAGUCCCACAUUUCUCCCGACACCACCUAGAGAGAAAUCAAAAGAUCUGUUGUUUCCUGAACAGGAUAACUAUGACACAAAAUCAGUAACUUCUAUUGCCUCAACUAUAAACCCGAGUGUUCAAAUUCAAUAUGGGCGGGAUCGACACGACAGCUCUUCGGGAUAUUCCGACAGUAGUGGAAACGCUGAUAACCACUCUUUAUCGAAUAUAAACAUGAGCUUCGAGGAACCACUCUACUCUCCGACAAGUAAAAUACCAGGGGAAACCACCGAACCACGGUACGAUCAUCAAUUCAUAGAAAAAAGUGCAAAUGAACGUAACGAAAAAGAUAACAUUCAAUCUAAUAAUGGAAACAACCACCAAGUGGUCGCUGAUGUACAUGUCGACCAAUCAAAUUUCAUCGAAAGACAAAAAGUAAGCCCUGGACACAUAAAAAGUCCAUCAUCUGCAAGUGUAUCUUCACCUGAUUCGGGAAAAUCAACACCUUCAGAAAAUUCUCGUAAAAAUGCACCUCGACAAAGAGCACCAAAAUUUACGACGACAAAGCGUAGGUCGAGCACAGUGGAUGAAAUGCUUUUUGAUGAUUACGUUUCGCCUCCUGAGGAGGUCGAACAAAAUGAUGAGGCUGCAGAUCAGGUGGGGGCAUUGGUAGAACCGGAUUCAAAGAGUGCAAAUCGGAGGAGUCUGAUCCCUCUUGGAGACCUGAUGUCCUUUGACGAUGACCAGGAAAGUGAAAAAGAUAUGUUAAACAACAAACAAAAGAUCCAGCCCACCAACAGAGAUAACACCACCCACACCGAGGACGUGACAAACCACCGAGUCUCCCUCGACCAGAGUACAUGUAGUGUAGACAGCUCUGACUGGGGAGGCUACGACCAACAGACCAGUGUUGAGUCGUCAGAGAACGACUUUGGAGGGUAUCAGGUACGACACAGGACAGGCUCAAUGGGGUCAGAGAACUCCUGGAGCUCCUCCUACAGUAUAGAGAGCCAGCCGGACGAUAUCACACUGGAAUGCAUGAGCUUUAUGAAACAAUUUGUGGAGAAAAUCUUCAACAUCAGUCAUUCCAUAGCACAGACAGAGAAAGCCAAGUUUGGGGAGCUUUGUCAGUUUGCACCUGGCCGUUUGUGGUUUGCAAGAUAUGUCAAUUCACAGAGAGUACACAAUAAGAAUGUAUCGGAGCAGAUAUUUUUCCAGUUGGUGCAGUACUUUGCUGUUGUCCUGUUCGAGUGUAACGAGGCAGAAGACUUCUCACCUGCAAAGUCCCUGAUGAACAUGUGCUUUACCUUCUUCUAUGAAAGUCACCAUGGUAAUGUGAGUGGACGUAACUUCCUGUACAGCUUUCUGCGAGAACAACCAAUAUGGCAGUCAUUACGAUUCUGGAAUGCCGCCUUCUUUGAUGCCGUUCAGUGUGAGCGUGCACGGCAACCCAUGUGUACAAGCCAAGGAACAGACCAAGCUCAAACUGAUGACCAAGAGUUUCAGGAGAACAUCACCUUUGGGCAGCUUGGGACAUUCACAUGCAACAUGCGAUCUUUUGGGUUAAACAAGGAUCUGUGCUUAGAGUUCCUCAGGAAACAAUCGACCAUUGCCAAUCUGAAAGAAGAACAAGUUCAAAUGCUGAGAGAAAAUGUGGAAAAAUUGAGGGAAACAUAAAACUUUGGGAAUAUUUAGGUCUUAAAAGAUAUGUAUAUACUGGUGUUUCAUGCCUAUAAAUAAUCCCCAUCUUAUAGCAACGCAAUCAUCCCAGAUGUAUAAGUUGUAACUGAUCUCAUGUGUAUGAUAUACGUCUCAUGACUCAUGUUAGAUAUCUGACGGUUUAUUCAGAUAAUGCUAUUUUAGGAAUAUAGUAUUUAUGUUAGAAAUAUAUUUUUAGUUUUGACUGAUUGUUUUCAUACUGCAUUAAUCUAAAUUACGAUAAGUUAAGAGAGCUAUGGCGGAAUACCGCCCAUAUUUCCCUAAGUCGGCAUUUAUGAAAACGGAAAAAAUAUUAAUGAGUAAAUAAUUUCUAGCAGCGAAAAUGCAUAGAAUUAAACCAAUUGAAACUGAAUUUUUGAACUGUUGAAAUAUUAGAUAUACUUAAUAUUAUAUCGCAAAUUUAGCCAUAUUCACUAUCUCUAUGAAAGUGAUGGGGUUUCCCCAGACUUCAAAAAAACACUUUCAACACUUUCCCAUCCGAGGACCAACUUUUGA